CAAUAAACCAGAUCCACCAAAGCAAAAGAAGAAAAAGAACCACCAUCAUGACCCUUGACCCCCUCUACCACACCCUCUACAACCUCCCCUCGCCCUCCCAAAAACGCACCCAACCAAUGCAAGUCCUAGCCGUAGGAAUCUCGCGCUCAGGAACCGAAUCCCUCCGCGAAGCCCUGCACAUGCUAGACAUAAACCACACCCACCACGGCUUCGACACCAUCCUGCCGCCCUCCUCCCUGCAAGCCACCUACCGGCUCCUGCAGAAGAAAUACACCGGGCCCCCGACGACCCUCACAGCCAGCGACUUCGACACCGUGCUCGGCGGCUGUGUCGGGGUCACAGACCUCAUCGCGGCGGAAUUCGCCCCAGAGCUCAUCGCCGCAUACCCGGACGCCAAAGUCAUCCUCAAUGUCCGUCGCGACCUCGACGGCUGGUACAAAAGUAUGCAGCUGACCAUGGGGUACUUUGAUCGCAACCCUGUGGACUGGGAUUGGUGCAAGAGUUGGUUCUGUGCGGAAUUGUUCUGGAUUCGCCAGUGUAUGUGUCGGACGAUGAUGCCGAGGUUCUUUCGGGGAAGCUUUGAGUCGAAUGGGAGGUGGGUUUAUGAGAAUCAUGUGGCGGCGAUUAGGGGGUUGGGGUUGGGGGAGAGGCUGUUGGAGUGGAGUGUUGACGAUGGCUGGGAGCCGCUGUGUCGCUUUCUGGGCAAGGAGGUUCCAGAUUGUGAGUUUCCCAGUGGGAACCCGCCGAAGGCCUGGGCGGAGAGGAUUGCCAGGACGAUGGAGGUGCAUCAUAGACGGGCGGUCCGGAAUAUGCUAGUGUUUUUGGCGGGGUUGGGGGUUGCUUUGGGGGUGCUGGGGGCUUGGUUGGUUUGUUAGGGCGCUUGAGGGUGAGGCUUUUGUGAUAUAUGUCCUGAUUGGCAGGAUUGGUGUCGAGAAUUUGGCUUGUUCUGGUAUGGAAUCGUGGAUUAACAUCACUGAAAUUGCACAGGUUCAUUGCUCUUCGUAAAUAACUAAAUAUAAGUCAGGAAUCUAGGCCUCCCUAUCAUUCUCCCCAGUCGUAUGCUGAAAAUAGGUCUGCUAGAAAUCAGCUAUUAAAUCGAAAGACCACCCACAUAAGUAUAACGUCUAAAUAACGCAAUCAU